GGUUGGAACAUUUCUAACGAGUAACCAAUUAAAAGUUGGGAUUUACGGUCCGUCAAUAACGACAUAAAGUAAUUCCCCUUCAAAAUAAGCGCGUGACCGAAUAAACUUUGCCAUUGGAAUUUUUAACGUGCGUCUUGAGCCUUUUCAGCAAUACUUUGAGUGGAGAAUAAUAUGGCGUGCAGAGAGAAUUUUUCUAUUGAAUCCGAGAUUGCUCUAAACGAUCAAAUAAAUCUUGAGCUCGCUGCGAGUCAUACUUAUUUAUCAAUGGCCGCUCAUUUCAAUCAAGAUGGGGUUGCACUUUCAGGAUUUUAUAAAUUUUUUAUGCAUUCCUCUGAAGAGGAACGCAAUCAUGCUAAGAAGCUUAUUGAGUACCAAAACAAGCGUGGAGGCCAAGUUAUUCUUACUGAUAUUAAAUUUAAAGGUCCAGAGGCCGAAAUCACGCCCCUCAAUGCACUUGAAACCUCUUUAGAAAUGGAGAAAAGUGUGCAUAGAAGCCUUUUGGCUUUGCACGUUAUUGCCAGCGAUAGUCAAGAUCAUCAGUUUACCGACUUUAUAGAAGGGGAAUUUUUAAAAGAGCAAGUAGAAUCUGAAAAGCUUCUUUCCGAUAUGAUAACUAAACUCAAACUUUGCGGCGACGGUCUUGGCAUUUUCAUUUUCGACAAACAUUUAAACGAGACGAUGACGUGAAUUGUUGUUGAAUCUAAUAAUAAAUUUUUUU